AUGGGGAACGGCAAUUAUAAAAAAUUUGAUUCGGCAGCCUCCUCCCCAAGUCAUCUGCAUUUUAGAAAUCUGACUGAGCCACUGAACACGACAUACAUAGCUUGGAAACCUGUGCCAUUGCUCAGGAAUGAUGAGCUGCGUGCGUUCAAGACCAAUUUUGAAACCGUAAAUCGCCAGUUCAGAUAUGAUGACAUAAUAUUUUGGCUGUGGCAAGGCCACAUAGAUGAAGUCUCACGAAAUUCACUGACUCUUCCGAAAAUAAGCAUCUAUUUUGAUUUGACCACUCUUCCAGAAGACUUCGCGGCUCAACCGAUACCAAAGUAUGCACAAAAGUUGACUGGAAAAGCGUUAGAGGAAUAUGUCAACAAGAAACAGUCGUUUUUUAAGGCUAAAUAUUCGGAAGUUGCCGAAAACCGCCUGAAUAAUUUGAUGAAAAUGGAAUUCCUUCAUGCACCCCCUGGAGAAUACCUAAAAAUGAUGCCAGAAGAGUUGGAUACAAAUCAAGCACUUCCAGAAAGUUUUGAUGCUCGUGACAAAUGGAAGAACUGUUCCUCGGUUAUCGGUUACAUUCGAGACCAGUCAAAUUGCGGGUCGUGUUGGGCCGUCUCAGCUGCGGAAACCAUGUCCGAUCGCCUUUGCAUCGGGACAAAUGGUAGGGUACAGGUCAGUCGAAAAUUCAUCAGUGUUGGUAGAGGACUUUUCGAGUUAUUCUUUCGGUACUGA